UUAAAGCAAUGGAGAAGCCGGAAUGUCUGAUAAGCACUGAUUCUGAAGGACGUCUGUAUGUUGUGAAGGAAGCCCAGAAAAUACUGGAGAGGAUUUCUCAGCCAGUUGUUGUGGUAUCUAUAGUGGGUCUCUACCGCACAGGGAAGUCUUACCUCAUGAACCAUCUAGCAGGACAACAAACAGGCUUUGCUCUGGGCAGCACCAUAGAAUCAACAACUAAAGGCAUCUGGAUGUGGUGUGUCCCACACCCCACUAACCCAGGAUACACACUGGUUCUACUGGACACUGAGGGCCUCGGGGAUGUGGACAAGGGUGAUGAAAAGCAUGACACAUGGAUGUUCUGCCUGGCUGUCCUGCUAAGUAGCACUCUGGUCUACAACAGCCUUGGAGUCAUAGACAACAAUGCACUCGAGAAGCUACACUAUGUGACAGAACUGACUGAGCACAUCCAGGUGAAAGCACAGACAGGUGAUGACCAUGAUAACUCAGCAGAGUUCAUGAGAUAUUUUCCCUCCUUCAUCUGGGCUGUGCGAGACUUUAUGCUGAAGCUGGAGAAGGAAGGCAAGGCCAUCACAGCUAAUGAAUAUUUGGAACUUGCUUUGAAGUUUAAAAGUGGUGUUUCUGCCAGUGUUGAUAAGUUCAACCUGCCCAGGCGCUAUUUGCGUAGCUUUUUUGCAGAACGAAGGUGUUUUGUAUUCCCACGUCCAACUAGAGAUGAUGAUGACCUAAUAAGAAUGGAGGAGCUAACUGAGAAUGACCUCAACCCACGAUUUCUAAAGCACACUAAGGAGUUCUGCAGCUAUGUGUUUAGCAAUGCAAAACCAAAAACCUUAGCAAGAGGACAGACGCUCACUGGCAGUGCUCUUGGGAGUCUGGCAGAGAUCUAUGUGGAGGCAAUUCGUAGUGGUGAGGUUCCUUGUCUGGAGAGUGCAGUGGAGACUUUAGCUAAAAUCCAGAAUGAGCGGGCCAUCGAACAGGGCCUGCAGGUCUACCAUGAUGUUUUGGAGGCAAUCCGCCUUCCAGUAGACCCAUCUGAACUAUCGAACAACCACAGCAAAGCAGAAACAGCAGCUAUCAAAGUCUUCAUCAGCACUUCCUUUAAUGACACUGAGCACAAUGCACAGCAGAAGCUCAAUGAAGAGAUCCAGACUUUGUAUCAGAAUCGGUGUAAUCAGAAUAAGGAGGAGUGGUCAAAUGUUUGUAAGAGGGAACUCAACCAGGUGUUUAGCCAGUUGGAGGCAGCAAUGAAAAAUGGUUCAUUUAUGCGGCCUGGUGGCUACACAGAGUAUCGCAAUAAACUGCAGAGCUGCACAAAUGACUACAAGGCACGCACAAGCAAAACAUUCAUGAGUGAGGAAGUGUUAAGUAAGUAUUUGAGGGAUAAUGAACAGUUUGAGAAGAAUAUUCUUUUAGCUGAUCAGUGCCUCAAUGCAGCAGAACAGAAAAAAGAAGCGGAGCGUUUGCAAAAGGAGGCUCUACAACGGGCGAAUAACAUGUUAGUGAAUACAACAAGGCUUCAUGAGCAGGAACGCCGCGAACAGCAAAGGACCUAUGAGAAGAAUGUGACCCAGCUGCUGGAACGGAUGGAUAAAGAAAGGCAGCGAGCAAAAGAGGAUAAUGAACGAGUGAUGGAGGCUAAGCUUAGAGAGCAGAAGUUUCUGUUGGAAGGUGGAUUUCAGCAAAGAGCUGAUGACAUGAAUAAACAAAUUAACAGUUUGAAAGGAGAGAUGAUGAAUUCUGAAGCAAUUCUGACACAGUAUAAGGAAAUAGCUAAUAACAUGAAUAAACAGAUUCAAAGUUUGAGAGGAGAGAUAAGUAGUAUAAGUUCCAAAUCAAAUCAGUCGUCAUGUCUCAUUCUUUAAGUGUUACAGUAAUAUUUUUAUUUUUUAAUCUGGGGAUGAAUGAUUAUACAACAUGCUGCUUUGAGCACAGUCUGGGUUGGGACUUCAAAAGCCUAAAGUAAGCAUGCUUUAUCUUCUCCAAACAUUUCUGAUGUGUGUUUGGUUUCAAUGUCUCGUUCAAACAGUAAUUUUAUCAGAAAUUUACAGUAUUGUGAAACUCUAGUGUGUACAUGGGGAAGAAAACAUGAAAACACAAAUUUAUAUAUUAUUUUGACACCUUCCAUUGUGUAUGCUAAUUUUUCUAACCUUUCUUUGUAUUAGGGCUCAGCUCCUCAACUGAGUUGUGUUAUAAAUUAGAGCAUUUAAAAGCUAAUGGAUGACAGCAACUGCUCUAUUGCUAGAUGUA